AAGUUCGACCUACUUGAGUGACCUACUUGGGUGACCUACUUGGUUGACCUACUAGGGUGACCUCCUUGGGUGACCUACUUCGGUGACCUAGUUCCGCCCAGAGUGACUGACGACCACCACCAAGCACAAUGAUCCGCCGACACAAGGCUAAGCCCGGCAAGCGUGGGCACCAACAGUUUGCGCCAGACAAGAGAGAGAGUUCCCGCCUGUCCCCAGUCGUCCUGUCCAACCCGGUCAACCAGGCCGCCCACUGGAGCCAGGAGUCCUACCUCCUGGAGGAUCUUCAGACACAGUACCCGCUCCCUCAGCCAGGAGAAGUUGUAGAGGUAGAGACCCCACCCCCCGGCUCUACAAAGCUGUCUCUCCUGCCCAAAGACCUCAUGGCCUCCAACCGGUACCCAGGAUUGGUGCGUUUUGUGUACGGCCACCACCCACCUCGCCUCACUCCCUGCUCCAACAUGUUCACGCUGAUUGACACGUUUGAGGAAAGCUCACUCAUUGGCUGCCUGCUCUACCCAAACCACGCCCUUAUGAUAGAGCUGCCAAUGACGUCAUCGUUAGGGUUUCAAGUGGCGCUGAACAAAGAGGAGUUGCUGGACAUGCACGUGCCCCGCCAGGCCCUGAAUGUGGUCAAGACGCGCAGUGACACGUUCAUGCGGGACCUCAAGCUCAAGUGUAAGUUCCUGCACCGAGUCAGCCCGAGCCUGGCUCCAAACCUCAUGGGACAAGAAGGAGAGGACGACAUGCCCAGCGCCACCGUCAGAACGAGGCAGUAUGCAAAUGAAGCUUUCUUUUAUUUGUAGAUUUUUUUUUAAUUGGUUGUGUUUUUAUUGUGGGGGGGGGGGGGUUGUGUGGAUAAAUCAGAUGUUCCGAGCUGUAUUCAGAGCGUAGAAGAAAUCAAAUUAUGACACUAUUGUAGGUAGGUCUUUACUCACCGGAGUUUUCUACUCGACUGGCCGUGUAGAGUCACUACAAGAUUGUUAUAAUUUGUUUCUUUUGCCAUAAACCCAGAACUGCCUCCAUAAAGCAAUUAAUGAGGUGUUCAUGUUUUAGCUCCCCCAGAACAAGUGUCUCAAACUCGAACACUGAGACGCGUCAGUUAUACUGUCCCCGCGGUUUUAAGCAUACAAAAAAAAA